CUCCUGUUCUGCUCUGUCUGUUGCAGGGGUUUCCCAUUUUGUUCUGUGAAUUUUUGAGAAUUGUAUUACCAGGUUUUAUUUGUGUAUAGUGCAGCCGGCCAAGACUGUGUGGGGACUUCUUAAAACAACAGACACUUUUCACAUGCCCAUAGGUUCUCAUCUUUUCGUGUAUCCAUGGAGUCACGGUUAUAGCUCCAAGGGAGAAGAAUUUUGCGAGAGUGAUUUUAAGAAAAGCACUGUUGCAGGACCUGAGGAAAAAAACGACGUGAAGAUCUGAGAAAUGAACAAAUUACGGCAAAGCUUUAGGAGAAAGAAAGAUGUCUAUGUCCCAGAGGCCAGUAGGCCUCAUCAGUGGCAGACUGAUGAAGAAGGUGUUCGUACUGGCAAGUGCAGCUUCCCUGUUAAGUACUUGGGACAUGUCGAAGUGGACGAAUCCAGAGGAAUGCAUAUCUGCGAAGAUGCUGUGAAGAGACUAAAAUCUCUACCUUCAGUAAUAGCGCUCGACUUGUCCCCCCUGUUCCUCCAGGAAAGGAAGUUCUUCAAAGGCUUCUUUGGAAAAACUGGGAAGAAGGCGGUUAAAGCAGUCCUAUGGGUUUCGGCGGAUGGACUCAGAGUUGUAGAUGAGAAAACAAAGGAUCUUAUAGUUGAUCAGACAAUAGAGAAGGUUUCUUUCUGCGCACCAGACAGGAACUUUGACCGGGCAUUCUCAUACAUUUGUCGAGAUGGCACUACGAGACGCUGGAUAUGCCACUGCUUUAUGGCCGUAAAGGACACGGGGGAAAGGUUGAGUCAUGCCGUGGGCUGUGCAUUUGCAGCGUGCCUGGAGCGCAAGCAGAAGCGAGAGAAGGAGUGUGGAGUGACUGCCACCUUUGAUGCCAGCAGAACCACAUUCACUAGAGAAGGGUCAUUCAGGGUCACUACAGCUACUGAACAAGCAGAAAGAGAGGAAAUUAUGAGACAGAUGCCGGAUGCUAAAGUUGAAACAGAAAUGAAAACAGUAGCACCAGGUGCUGCACCAACCAAUACUGCCCCCUCUCCUGGCUCCCCAGCCUCUCCUACUACUGAUGUUGCUGCCUCUCUGGAUAAAGAAAUGAGCAAUCCCCACGCUAUUCCACGAAGGCAUGCCCCUAUAGAACAGCUUGCCAGGCAAGGUUCUUUCCGGGGCUUCCCUGCCCUUAGUCAAAAGAUGUCUCCUUUUAAGCGCCAGUUGUCCUUGCGAAUAAAUGAACUGCCUUCAACAGUGCAAAGGAAGACUGAUUUCCCCAUGAAAAACUCAGUCCCUGAGGUAGAAGGGGAAGCAGACAGCAUUAGUGCCCUGUGCUCUCAGAUCACCAGUGCUUUCAGCACACCAUCGGAAGAUCCUUUCUCUUCAGCCCCCAUGACGAAACCAGUGACAGUAGUCGCACCACAGUCUCCUGCCUUUCAAGUUAAUGGCACUGCCUCUGCCUUCUGUGUGCUUGCUGCUAAACCAUCCCAAGCUGCUGUUGUGUCCACAGCUAUGCCAGUUCGUGAAACCAAUCCUUGGGCUCAUGCUCCUGCUGCUAAUACUGGAGCUGCAGCCGUGGUCUCCGGCACUGAAUGGAGCGGCACCUCCUCGGGUACAGCCUCUCCAAGUCUCUUCCAAGGAAAUCACAGACGUACCCCCUCAGAAGCAGACCGCUGGUUGGAAGAGGUCUCAAAGACUGUCCGAGCCCAGCAGCAGCCAGCCCCAGCCCCAGCCCCAGCCCCACAGCCACUACUCCAGCCUCCUCCAGCAGCUUCCCAGCCGGCACCAGCCUUCCCCGUGAGCACCUACAUUGCACCCCAGCCCGUGCCAGUCGGCGUGGUACCCCCCAUGCAGCCGCCCUUUAUUCCAGCUCAGCCCUACGCUGUAGCAAAUGGGAUGACCUACGCAGCCCCAAGCGUACCUGUGGUGGGCAUCACGCCUUCCCAGAUGGUAGCCAAUGUCUUCGGUACGGCAAGCCACACUCCAGCAGCCGCCCACCCGCACCAGUCGCCCAGCCUUGUCAAACAGCAGACGUUCCCCCAGUACGAAAGCAGCAGUGCCACGAGCAGCCCUUUCUUCACUCCGCCUGCGCAGCACAAUGGCUCUGCAGCUUUCAAUGGAGUUGACGGUGGCAAAUGGGCUGCAGAGGACAAGCAUUUGCAGCCUCCCGCAGCCGCUCCGCAGGUAGACCCCUUUGAAGCACAGUGGGCAGCACUCGAGGGCAAGGCAAAGCAGCGCACUAAUCCCUCUCCGACUAACCCCUUCUCGAGUGAUUUACAGAAGACGUUUGAGAUCGAACUUUAAGCAGCCCUACGGCGGUAGAUAAAUUGUACAGUAGGCUAGAGGGAUAAAGGGAGCAGAGGGGACUGUUUCUGAUCAGUUUGCUUUGAUAAUCCCAAAGGUCCCUUCAAGUGAAAAUGGGUUAGAAAGAGGGAGCGGUUAUGGGGAGGGUAUAAACAGACACAGAGUUUAACGUAUAAAAGGAAUCUGGCAGCUGCCCCUGUCUGCAUUCCCUCCUUACUUGGAAAGCUGGACAUCAAACACAGCACAGGUGGGCACCCAGUCCUGAAGCCUGUUCUGCAGAAACAAGUUAUCUCACAGAAAGGAAGGCAGAUCUUAUAUUAGUGCCCUUCUGAUGCCCUGCAAGUCCUGGACAUUCCCCCUCAGGGAAAAAUGGGGUGGAAAAAUUGGGGGGGGAACUAUGGGUGGGAGAUUGUCACCUGCUUAGCAAAAGCUAGGUUUGUGGAAAAAGUUGAGCUUCCAUUUUGAGUAACAAAGUGAAUAUUAUAUGUAAAGAAUAAAGUAAAGCCAAAAUUUUUAUUUUUAUGCAUUUAGGAUAUUUUAAAUAGUGGAUAUUAAAAGCCGUAUGAGUUGUAAGUAAUCUUGCCAAAGGUUUAAAAAAAAAGGGGGGGGUUGGAUGUAAGAAAUUGUACAUAAGAUUGAUUUAUCUCUGAUUCUUAUUGUAAGUAAUAUCAGGGGGUGGAAAAAGGGGCUCUAGCUUGUUCUUGUAUCUAUCUGUUCAUUGUAAGUAGCAUAUUGCAACAACAAUCACAACCAGUAAGUCAUUAUAUCGUAGUUUUAAAUAAAAUUAAAGAACAGUAUUGUCAUGGUUUGAAAACCAUGGGGAAAAUUAACUGUUUUUUAUUGGAAUCAAGCUACAUAUUAUAUAUAUAUAUAUAGUAUGUUUUUUUCUUUCAUGUAUUGCUGCAGUUUUCUUGUCUUAAUCUAUUGGUUCUAACACUACUGUGACAACUUACCGUAAUCAUAUCUACAUCCUGGGGCUACCUAGGAAUCCAUUUUUUUGUUUGUCUGUCUAUAGAUCUUAGAGUUUUUUUAACUUUUGUUUUUAUUUUUUUUCCACUGAUUUGUGAAACCUUGUGGUUAAGGCUGCAGCUGGUCCAGGUUCUGCCUCCGGUGAAUCGUGAAAUCCAUCUCAUUUUAACUUUACUUUUAAACUUUGGCCUUACAAGCAAAUGUAAGUUAUAUAUAUUUGUACUGAUGAUUUAUAAUCUGCUUUAACAGAAAUAAAUGUUGGUGGUAGAAA